CGCGUCAGUUUUCCCAAAAUUCAGAAGAUGCAUGUGGUUUCGAAGCUAGUUUGAGAUUUUGUGCUGAUAUUGGGCAGAAAAUUUGGCAAAACCGUGAAAUUUAAAGCCGAAAAUUCAAAGUUUUAGACGGCAACAUGACAAUACGCAUGUCGGAGCAUUACCCACAAUCCACUAGAUCUACGUUAACAUGGCGGAUGGAAUCAAAUAAAUCUCCGUGUAGUUAAAAAUUUUUAAAAUUGUACCAGAAAUUCGCCUGUUUCGGCUACGAGCAGGUAAUUCGGAUAAAACAUCCACGUGACGAUAGUCGGGGCCGUUUGUAGUGUUCAAUUCCACCCCAGCAGUCUUCUAGAAGUGUUUGAGUUUUCCCAGCCUUCUAUAUUUAAAUUUGAAAAUGGUGCUAUGCCAAAUUCAAAUUUUCGCGUUAGUUUAGAGCAACUUCCCAGACGAAACAGCAAUUCACCCUCACAGGGAUAAACGCAGUGUGAUCGCGGGCUCCGUUAGCCACAUGCUUCAUUUGGGCCUCCAGUUCAGACAACAAACAUUAGUGAAAACUUAGGUUAUCUUCGAAGUAUUUACAAUCCAGAAAACUGCCUUGCAACAAACUGGGACAAUGACGAACGAGAACCAGAUCCACAUUAAGGAGGAAGUGAUGGAAGUGGAUGAUCCCAAUGAUAAUUUUCUGAUUGACGAUGAUCCGAGCAAGCUGGGCCCCGCAGCCCUGGGCUUGCAAAGAGUGGGCACAGUCCCUCCUCCAAAACCCACUCCAACUCAGCCCACCCAAGUCCUAAAUGCUCGGGGAAUGCCUGCGAGGAUUCGGAAGAAAAAUAAAAUGUUUUAUGACGAUGAUAUUAUCAAUACCCCCCAUCACAGGGUUCCAAGUGCGAAAAAGCUGAAACCAACGCCAAGCAAACGAACCCCUGUAAAACGCAUUGAACCAGCGAAAUCCCCGAGACGAAUAAUAAAUAAUAUCGCCACACCACCAAGAAUGCAUUCUCCCGACCGGAGAAUCGGCCAGAAGAUCGGAAUGCGUCUAAGAAAUCUGCUGAAACUGCCCAAAGCCCAUAAAUGGGUGUGCUACGAAUGGUUUUACAGCAAUAUUGAUCAUUGUCUCUUCUCUGGCGAAAACGACUUUCAAAUUUGCUUGAGGGAGUCCUUUCCCGAGUUGAAAACGCGCGAACUGACCCGUGCUGAGUGGCGGAAAAUUCGCAGAAUGAUGGGCAAGCCUAGAAGGUGUUCGCAGGCGUUUUUCAACGAGGAGCGAUUGGAAUUGGAAAAGAAAAGAAAAAAGAUCAGAGCUCUACAGCAGAGGAAAGCCACUGAUCUUACGACUUUUAAGGAUCUGCCUUCUGAAGUUCCCACUCAGCUGGUUAUUGGCACUAAAGUAACUGCAAGACUUCGCAAGCCGUCCGAUGGUCUCUACACUGGCAGCAUAGAUGCUGUCGAUCCCUCAAACAAUACAUAUCGUAUAACUUUCGAACGAUUCGGGCUCGGGACGCAUUCGGUGCCUGAUUACGAGGUGCUAUCAAACGAAAGCCCCGAAACUCUAAGCAUAUUAAGUUUCCAGAGUAAAUUUAGGCCGAGAUUGAAUGGCUUUCCGCCAUAUUCCUCUGAUAAAAACCCCAACUAUAAAACGUUACCAUUUAGCAGAGACCCCUUACUAUCAGGCUCAAUAGUCAAUAGUCCGAUGUUAAUCCCAACGGCCAAAGAAGGGAAAUUGGGCCAAUUUCCCGUUAAACUUCUGGAAAAUAUGGUUCUAGUCACCAAAAUCCUCAAUGCGAAGAAAACUUGCGUUCAGCAGUUGAAGACGAUGAAUUCUGAAGCGGAAAAGCUGAAUUCAUUUGAUGAAACGCUCAGCGAUAAUUUUGAGCGAAAAUAUGCCCAUAUCUUGUUAGACCUGGAGAAGCUCAACUCGGAUUUGCAAGUUUAUUUAGAUGAAAUGCAGGCUUGUUGUCAGGAAAUAGCACCAGAAGCAAGUGUAGCUGCAAUGCUGACUCCUUCACUGUUAAGAGAAAAGUGCAAAGAAGAAGCCAAAGAAAUCGUCGCCCGACACAACUCUGUGAACAUGACAGAUAAAGGCCCUUGCCGGAACCCCAGAGUUCUCGACUUGAUAAAUGACCUAACUGCCUUGAUGUUGCAAAUUAAAAACUUGGCCGAUAAUGACCACAGUCCAUACGAGCUGCAAGUGUUGGAAGGGACUGUGCAAAAUAUAAAGAAGAAACUCAGCCCAGCCAAUCAGCAAGUAUUCCAGAAUUGUGUGGAGGUUCAUAUGAAGCAAAUCGAAAUGGGGCUGACGAAUAUUAACCUGGAUAAACUUGUGAUAGGGCCUUUGGGGAACGACUAACGUCUAGUAUUAUAGACAUAGAAGGCAACAUAAUUACUAAUAAUUGGUCUCAAGGCAAGUUAAUUUUAGGACUAUUUCAAUCACCGUGUGAUUGUAUACGGGAAGCCCUUUUUGGCCUUGUUUAUGUAAGGGUAUAUGUAAAACUUUAUUUGAAUUUGGAUCCGAACUUCCGAAUUGAUUUUGUGCAAUACAGGGUUAAUUUUACGGGGCUCACUGUUCAAAUUGUAUCUUAAUUUAAUUAAUUUUCUUUACAUCGAUGCCAUAAUUUAAUAUUUAUACAAACUGGCAACUUUAUUUCCCGUACUAGUUGAUAUAAAAAAUGUACAAAUUUGGGUAUGGAUGGGGUAUUUCGAAUGUGUCUUUGUAUAGUGUUAUCAUUUUUAUGUACAUAUUUUGCAUAUAAUAGAGUGCAGAGUUGUUUUA